AUGGUGGACUUUGUUCGACGGCUCGCCUCUGCCCUGCUCAAGUGCUGCGACCUUGACAUACCCAAUCGGCCAAAGGGCCUUGAGGACCCCGAACGCCUGGCUAGAGAGACUGUUUUUAAUGUGAAUGAAAUCGAGGCUCUGUAUGAGCUGUUCAAGAAGAUUAGCAGCGCUGUGGUUGAUGAUGGCUUGAUUAACAAGGAAGAAUUCCAAUUAGCCCUGUUUAAGACCAACAGAAAGGAUAGCAUGUUUGCUGAUCGGGUAUUUGACUUGUUUGACACGAAGCACAAUGGAAUUCUUGAAUUUGAGGAGUUUGCUCGAGCCCUUUCUGUGUUCCAUCCAAGUGCACCAAUUGAUGACAAAAUUGAUUUUGCUUUCAAAUUGUAUGAUCUCAAACAACAAGGUUUCAUUGAAAAGCAGGAGGUCAAGCAAAUGGUUGUCGCAACACUUGCUGAAUCAGGAAUGAAUCUUUCAGAUGAUAUUAUUGAAGGCAUUAUUGAUAAGACAUUUGAGGAAGCAGAUACAAAGCACGACGGGAAAAUUGACAAGGAGGAAUGGCGUAGCCUUGUCUUGAGGCAUCCAUCUUUGUUAAAAAAUAUGACCCUCCCAUAUCUCCGGGAUAUCACCACAACAUUUCCAAGCUUUGUGUUCAACUCUCAAGUAGAGGAUGCGUGA